GUCGGCACAGGCAAAGCCAUGCCGAUCCUGGCAUGGGUAAGUGGGAGGGCGACAGUGAGGGAAAGUGAGAGUGACAGUGAGAGAAAGAGAGAUUUCAGGGAUUUGGGGGUAGGGAGAGUGAUCUCAGGGAUUGGUAAUCCCAUCCCGUGUUUUCCUCUCAUCUCUGUCGCACUCAACCUCUCUCUAACCCUUUCUCUUUCACUCUCUUUCAGACUCUCCCUUUCUCCCAACUCUCCAUCUCUCUAAACUUUAGUCCUAACCCUAAUUUGUUCUUUCAUUCCUCAAUUUUCUCCAUCCGAGGAAUGAAAAAUCGAACUGGGUUUUCAGAUUAUUGAUGCACAGGGAUUCACGGACAGAGAAGGGAGAGAGAGAGAGUGUGUUGAUUGAGGGAGUUGGUGAGUAUGGGCUUGCACAGAGGGAAGAACGCAGAAAGAGAGAGAGAGAGAGAGAGGGAGAACGAUUGCAGAGACAAUGAGAGAGAUCGCAGAAAGAGGAGGAUGACGAAAAUUGAGGGGGAACCCAUGUCUGCAGAGAGUGAGUAAUUUCUGAAUCAAGGAACCUUGCGUUUAGAAUUUAAUCCUAAUUUUUUUCUCUCUGCAGGACAAAAAACUACCAGGGAAGGAAGAGACUGCCAGGAAAGUACAACCCAGACCGGAGAAGACAAGCAAUGGCGGAGGAACCAAGGCUGUAGAUCUUUGAUAAAGGGAGAACGAUUUGGAGUAAGUGACUCACAAAGUUAAACUUCGAUAUCGAAAUUAAUGGAAACCCAUUGGUAUGAUUUCUUCAUCUGAAAUUUUUGAUUGCCCAAUUGGUUGUUUCAUCAAUUAAUUGUGUGAAAACAUAUAUGUGUAAUUUUUUAUUUCUUCCAAUUAAAUGGUAAGAUCAAAUUAAGCUAAUAACUUUUUGUUUUGUAAAUGUUGUGUAAUUAAAUUAUUCAUAUUAUCAAUUAAUUUUUAGCAAACAUUUGUGGGUAGUUGUUAAUUUCCUUCAAUAUUUGAUAAUAAUUCAAUUAAAGCUGAGAACUUUGUAUUUUGUUCAUCACCUGCUGUAAAUGUUUGGCUAUUUUGUUCAUCUCCAGUUUCUUGAAGGCAGGAAUGUCUGCACGUAAGCUAUGGAUUGUCAUUGCUAUUCCCACUGCUCUACUUGUAGCGUUGAGUUGCAUAUUGUAUCAGCUAAAACGAAGAAAAUUUUCACUUUCAGAUGAGAACGGGAGAAAGAUUCAGAAUGAAUUGCUUAACUUCGUGAGAUCUAAUAGACGUCAUGAUCAUGGUCGUGGGUUUCAAAAUUAUGGAAAGAUGGGGCAUUCUAAAUUAAGUGCCUUUAGCUAUCCAUCUGUCUUGGCUGCCACUUGCAACUUCUCUGAAGAAAACAAGCUCGGGCAAGGGGGCUUUGGACCUGUUUAUAAGGGAAAAUUGGUAACGGGACGAGAGAUAGCAGUAAAGAGGCUUUCAAAAUGUUCAGGACAAGGAACAUUGGAGUUCAAGAAUGAAUUAAUACUCAUAUCUGAACUCCAACAUAUGAACCUUGUUCAGCUCUUCGGAUUUUGCAUUCAUGGUGAAGAGAGGAUGCUGAUAUAUGAGUACAUGCCAAACAAAAGUUUGGACAACUUCUUAUUUGAUUCUACCAGAGCUCUACUAGAUUGGAAGACGCGUUUCAGUAUAAUUGAAGGAAUAGCUCAAGGAUUGCUUUACUUGCACAAAUACUCGAGAAUGAGGGUAAUUCAUAGAGAUUUGAAACCUAGUAACAUAUUACUUGAUGAAAAUAUGAACCCCAAAAUAUCAGAUUUUGGUAUGGCAAGGAUUUUCAACUAUAAUGAAUUGGAAGCAAAUACUGGUAGGAUUGUUGGGACACGUGGUUACAUGUCUCCCGAAUACGCCAUGGAGGGGAUAUUUUCAAUAAAAUCUGAUGUCUUCAGUUUUGGGGUGUUAAUGCUCGAAAUCAUAAGUGGCAGGAAAAACAACAGCUUCUACAAUGAUGAGCGUGUGCUAAAUUUAGUAGGAUAUACAUGGGAGCUAUGGAAAGAAGGCGCAGGGAUAGAACUAAUGGAUCCAACACUAAAGGAUUCCUGUAUUCAGGAUCAAUUUCUUAGAUGCAUCCAUGUCGGUCUACUAUGCGUGGAGGAAAAUGCAGGUGAACGGCCGACCAUCUCCAAUGUGAUAUCUAUGUUGACAAAUGAAAGUGUGGCAUUACCUAUGCCAACAAAGCCAGCAUUUUUCACUGAAAGAAAUCAUGUGGCCGGUGGAAAGGAGCCAGAAGAUAUGUCGAUAAAUUGUUUGUCCAAUUCCGAAAUGGUUGCCCGUUGAAGGUUGUGGCUCGGUUUAAUAUACUUGCAAGAGCUGUCUCAGUUCAUUUUUAUCACCACUCUUGAGUGGUAGUAAGCUCACCAUCCUAUUAAUUACUAUUAAAUGAGUUAGAUUUUAUUUAUCUAUUACACAAAUCAUACGAAAGGGAUUCUAUGCAAUUUAUGCAGUCAAAGGAAGUUGUGUGACAAUAAGACUCCAAGUUUUCCAAGAAUUUUAACAUAUGUUGGUUUUCACCUUUCUCUAAAUAAAAAGUAAUUUAGUUGUUUUUUUUU